CAGCAACAGCAGCAGCAAGCAAGAGCUCUAUUGUUCCCAAGUCUUAAACAGUUCUCUUCCUUUCCAACUGGAAUGCACAAUAGCUGGAAAGCCAUUUCUAGCCGGCCUGCCCUGUGAAGAGAUCCUGACUGGAGGGGCGGGUGGGAGAAUCCCUUUGGGCAAGGGCUCUCCAUUGUGUUGCUGGUUUGGAGAGUGAGCAGGCUCUCGGAAGGCAUGGGGAUGGGAGAGCAGUGCACAGCUUUCUCUGGCAGGCCGGUGGUCUCAGCUCAUCCCAGCAAGCGCCUGGAGGUUCUUGCGCUCCUCUGGUUCGGGAUCUGGGUCGCUACGGCACAAAGUGAGCUGGAAACUUCGGUGUAUUUGUGGAAGACAGGUCCAUGGGGCAGGUGUAUGGGAGAUGAAUGUGGCCCAGGAGGUAUCCAAAGUCGAGCUAUAUGGUGUGCUCAUGUGGAAGGAUGGGCCACACUCUUCACAAAUUGCAAGCAGGCAGAGAGACCUGACAACCAACAGAAUUGCUUCCGAGUUUGUGACUGGCACAAGGAACUGUAUGACUGGCAACUAGGCAGCUGGAACCAGUGUCAGCCAAUUCUUUCAAAAAGCGUUGAAAAAACAACCGUAUGUGUGAAGGGGGAAGAAGGAAUUCAGAGGAGAGAUAUUAUUUGUAUCCAAAAAGCAAAUGGUGUGAUAGUUGAGGACACAAUAUGUGAACACUUUGAGCCGAAACCUCAGCUAGAACAGGGAUGCCUCAUCCCUUGCCGGCAGGACUGCAUCGUAUCUGAGUUCUCAGCCUGGGCAGAGUGUUCUAAGAGCUGUGGCAAAGGGCUCUCCUAUCGUUUUCGCCAUAUUGUUGCUCCCCCUCGGUAUGGGGGCUCUGCCUGUCCCAACCUGACAGACUUUCAGGCUUGCAGCUUACCCCCCUGCGCCACUGAAGAAAACAUGUAUAGCCUGAACGUGGGGCCAUGGAGUACCUGUUCAAUUCCUCACUUGCGGCACAUCAGACAGGCGAGGAAACGUGGGAAGAACAAGGAGAAGGAGAAGGAGAAAAACAUUCGGGAUCCAGAAGCCCGGGAAUUAAUUAAGAAGAAGAGGAAUCGUAACAGGCAGAACAGACAGGAGAACAAAUAUUGGGACAUACAAAUUGGAUAUCAGACCAGGCAGGUGAUGUGCACACACAGGAAUGGAAAGACUGUUGCUUUGAGCUUUUGUCAACAAGAGAAGUUGCCAAUUACAUUCCAAUCUUGUGUGAUCACAAAGGAAUGCCAGGUGUCAGAAUGGUCUGAAUGGAGCCCAUGUUCCAAAACGUGUUUUGAUAUGACAUCUCCUAAAGGUUAUCGUGCAAGAACACGGACAAUCAAGCAAUUUCCUGUUGGCAGCGAAAGUGAGUGUCCAAAGCUAGAAGAGACAGAGCAGUGUGUAACUCAAGGAGAUGGGGUGACUUCUUGUAUCAUAUAUGGCUGGAGAACCACAGAAUGGACAGAAUGUCGCAUUGACCCUUUACUUAGCCAACAGGAUAAACGGAGAGGAAAUCAAACAUCUCUUUGUGGAGGUGGGAUUCAGACCCGGGAGGUAUAUUGUGUGCAAGCAAAUGAAAAUCUCCUCUCUUAUUUAAAUACACUCAAGGAAAAAAAAGAAAGUCAGUCCCAGAGCACAUCGAAGACUAGUGCUGCUCCACUUCUAUCCAUCACUUUUGAAAUAACAGCUUCUAAACCUGUGGAUUGGAAACUGUGCACAGGUCCUACUCCUAGCACCACCCAGCUGUGCCACAUCCCAUGUCCUAUAGAGUGUGAGGUGUCAGCUUGGUCGGCAUGGGGGCUGUGUACCUUUGAAAACUGUGAGGACCAGCAAGCCAAAAAGGGUUUUAAAUUAAGAAAACGUAGCAUCAAAAAUGAACCCACAGGAGGCACUGGCAACUGUCCCCAUUUGAUUGAAGCUAUCCCAUGUGAAGAACCUUCUUGCUAUGAGUGGAAAAUAGUGAGCCUGGAUGAAUGUAUUCCAGAUAAUGAGAAGGACUGUGGGCCUGGUACACAAGUGCCUCAAGUGGUCUGUAUCAACAGUGAUGGAGAAGAGGUUGAUAGACAGCUGUGCAGAGAUGCUAUCUAUCCUGUCCCCAUUGUCUGCGAAAUUCCAUGCCCAAAGGACUGUGUUCUCAGCACGUGGUCUGGAUGGUCCUCCUGCUCUCACACCUGCUCAGGGAAAACCACAGAAGGAAAACAGAUGCGUACCCGCUCCAUCCUGGCAUAUGCAGGUGAAGGUGGUCUUCAGUGCCCAAAUAGCAGCAUGCUGCAGGAAACACGCAAUUGCAAUGAACAUCCUUGUACAGUUUAUCACUGGCAGACUGGACUAUGGGGGCAAUGUAUAGAAGAUACCUCUGUGUCAACAUUCAACUCUACUACUGGUUGGAAUGGAGAAGCCACCUGUGCUGUUGGCAUGCAAACAAGGAAAGUCAUCUGUGUGAGACUCAACAUGGGACAAGUACCACCCAAAAAGUGUCCCGAAAACCUUCGUCCUGAAACUGUUAGACCUUGUUUGCUACCCUGCAGGAAAGACUGCAUUGUGACUCCUUACAGUGAUUGGACACUAUGUCCUUCCUUAUGUCAAGAAGGAUCAGUUGUUACAGUGACAAAACAGUCUCGACAUCGAGUCAUCUUGCAGCUCCCUGCGAAUGGGGGUCGUGACUGCCCAGAGACCUUAUAUGAAGAAAAAGACUGUGAUCCUCCUCCUGUCUGCUUGUUUUAUAGAUGGAAGACACACAAAUGGCACCGGUGCCAACUUGUACCAUGGUAUGUUCGGCAAGACAGCCCAGGUGCCCAAGAGACAUGUGGUCCAGGUCUACAAGCAAGAGCUAUUACUUGUCGCAAACAAGAUGGCAGCCAAGCUGAUAUUGGUGAAUGCCUUAAAUAUGCAGGGCCUUUACCACCCUUAACACAACUCUGCCAAAUUCCUUGCCAAGAUGACUGUCUGUUCACAAGCUGGUCAAAAUUUUCUCCCUGCAAUGUGGACUGUGGAUCAGUUAGAACAAGGAAGCGUUUACUUAUUGGGAAAAGUAAGAAGAAAGAGAAAUGUAAAAAUCCUCAACUUUAUCCACUGAUUGAGACCCAGUUCUGCCAGUGUGACAAAUACAAUGCUCAGCCAGUUGGGAACUGGUCAGACUGUAUUUUACCAGAGGGCAAAGUGGACAUGCUUAUGGGAAUGAAAGUUCAAGGAGACAUCAAAGAGUGUGGACAAGGCUACCGUUAUCAAGCCAUGGCUUGUUACGAUCAAAGCAGUAGACUUGUUGAAACAUCCCGGUGCAACAGUCAUGGGUACAUUGAGGAGGCCUGCAUCAUUCCAUGUCCAUCAGACUGCAAGCUCAGUGAGUGGUCCAAUUGGUCUCGCUGUAGCAAAUCCUGUGGGAGUGGGGUGAAGGUCAGGUCCAAAUGGCUCCGGGAGAAGCCUUACAAUGGUGGAAGGCCCUGCCCUAAGCUGGACCAUGUCAAUCAGGCUCAGGUCUAUGAAGUGGUCCCUUGCCAUAGUGACUGUGGUCAAUACAUAGGAGUCACUGAACCCUGGAGUGUCUGCAAAGUGACUAAUGUGGACUUAAAGGAAAAUUGCGGGAUGGGUGUGCAAACCAGAAAAGUGAGAUGCAUGCAGAACACCGUGGAUGGUCCUUCAGACGUUGUGGAAGACUAUCUGUGUGAUCAAGAGGAGAUGCCAAUUGGUGCUAGAAAAUGCAUCUUGCCAUGUCCAGAAGACUGUGUCAUAUCUGAAUGGGGCCAGUGGUCUAAGUGUUCCUUGCCCUGUAAUGGAAGCAGUGCGAGGGAACGCUCAGCCAAGAUCUUAAGGCUACCUCAGGAAAGAAAGGCCUGUCCUUCUACAGUGGAGAUGGAGCCUUGCCUUCUGAACAAAAACUGCUAUCACUAUGAUUACAACGUGACAGACUGGAGCACAUGCCAGCUAAGCGAGAAAGCUGUUUGUGGUAAUGGGAUCAAAACAAGAAUGCUUGAUUGUGUUCGCAGCGAUGGCAAGUCAGUUGAUCUGACGUAUUGUGAAGAGCUGGGCUUGGAAAAAUCUUGGAAUAUGAACACUUCCUGCAUGGUGGAAUGUCCUGUGAACUGUCAACUCUCAGACUGGUCUCCAUGGUCUGAGUGCUCACAGGCUUGUGGCCUGGCUGGAAGGAUGACACGAAAGAGAACUGUUAUUCAACCUUUCCAAGGUGAUGGCAGACCUUGUCCUUCACAAAUGGAGCAGUUCAAGCCUUGCUCAGUUAAACCUUGUUAUCGAUGGCAGUAUAGUCCAUGGGAAGAAUGUAAAGUUGAGGAUGCUCAGUGUGGAGAAGGGACAAGAGCUAGAAAUAUUUUCUGUGUUGUCUAUGAUGGAUCUAGUGAUGACAUUGGCAAAAAAGUAGAUGAAGAAUAUUGUGGGGAAAUUGAACCUAUGGUUGAUGGCAAUAAGAAAAUUGUACUCGAAGAAGCUUGUACUGUGCCUUGUCCAGGUGACUGUUACUUAAAGGAGUGGUCACACUGGAGCAUUUGUCAGUUGACCUGUGUAAAUGGGGAAGAUCUUGGCUUUGGAGGAAUACAGGUUCGAUCACGGGGAGUGAUUGUUCAAGAUGUAGAAAAUCAGCAUCUCUGUCCAGACCAAGUUUUGGAGACAAGACAAUGUAAUGAUGGCCAUUGUUAUGAAUACAAUUGGAUGGCCAGCCCAUGGAAGGGAUCAUCUAGGACUGUAUGGUGCCAAAGAUCUGAUGGUUUAAAUGUUACAGGAGGUUGCUUAAUGAUGCACCAACCAGAUGUGGACAGGUCAUGUAAGCCAGCAUGCAGCCAGCCCUAUUCUUACUGUAGCGAGACCAGAAUGUGUGCUUGUGAAGAAGGGUAUACAGAAGUAAUGUCUUCUGAUGGCAUGCUUGACCAGUGCACUCGCAUUCCAGUGGUAGUUGUCCCCACAGUGGAGGAUAAAAAGGAAGAUGUGAAAACUAGUCGAGCUGUGAACCCCACACAGACAUCUAUCACCCCGUCAGGACGAGGAAGAACUUGGUUCCUCCAGCCUUUUGCACCAGAUGGGAAGCUGAAGACCUGGGUUUAUGGUGUAGGUGCUGGUGCAUUUGUUUUGCUCAUCUUUGUUAUAUCUAUGAUCUAUCUAGCCUGUAAAAAGCCAAAAAAGCCUCAGAGGAGACAGAACAACCGCCUGAAACCUUUAACCCUGGCUUAUGAUGGAGACGCGGACAUGUAAAAUAAUUGCUUCUCAUUCUUCAAACUCUUGAAACAGUAGUAUUCAAAAACAGCAUGUACCUUGUGUACAUUACUGAACCGAUGUUACACAAGACAGAGAAAAAAAAUGAUGGAUGGCCAUGGAUAUUCUAAGAAGCCAUCUUCGUCCUUGACCACCAAUUGGUACAGCAAAUUCCAGUGGCCAGUUUCAGUUGUAAGCACAGCAGCUGAAAGUCUUUAUGCAGCUUUCUUUGAAACAUAUGAACUAUAAAGCCACUUGCAUAUUACAUUGGGAUUUGAGAGUGUUGAUACCAGAACAGUCUGCUGCAUUAAUCUAACAUUACUCAGUAAGCAUGGGAAGAUCAUACCAAGUUGUCUAUAAUGCUUUAUAUCCAACCUGUAUACUCAGUUGCAUCAUAGGUAAUAAUCUCUCAAAUGAUAUACUGGUUAAAAGAACAACUUAGUGUUUAGCAUCUUGUAAACUUUAACUGAGAAUAACAAACCACUGAACAAGUUUUGCAUUUUUGGACCACAGGAGGCAGUUUUCUGAACUGGCUUUUCAAAGGGGUAAAGAUUUGCAAGAUUCUUGUCCUGUUACCAGUCCCAGGUACUAAAGCACUACUACACACAUUUAUCAAGGAGUUCAGCAUCUUCAGGUUCAAAAUUUUAUACAAGUUGUCUGGACAUUUAAUAUCCAUGUGUAAUAAUUUUUACUUUCUCUAACUCUCAAACUGUUGCCUGGAACUUUUUUGCUACGUAUAAGGCAAUUUUCUUUUGCACUAUAUUAGUGCCGCAUGAUAUGCACUUAUUAACGAGUAUUGCCAUAGGAACUGUCUCUUUUCAGUAAUGGUGAUGGUGAAAAUCCUGCAUCAGACAGACAUUUGCCAGUAAGUUUUUGACUCCUGAUAAAAGUAGAGAUCAGUUUCCGAACUGUGACUGGGUAGACCAGCUAACACUACUGUUUAUAUUCCAGUACUUGUAAAAGCAGCUGUUUUGUAGUCAAAACCAUGGCAGUAAUUUAAGUGUCUACUUUCAGACUCUGGCCAACUUCUACAGGUGGUAGAUUUUCAAGUUGAUUUCUUAUUUCUUUGAAGGUUGUAUAUGACUAGAUUUUUAUAUUGCUAACUUUGUAAAAAAGAAAAAAAGAAAAAAGUGGUUGUGCGCUAAUCUUGGGGAAAAUACUUAUCUUAAACGGUGUUCCAAUAUGUUCAGUAGAAAGAAUAUGAACUUACUAUUUAUUUUUCUCCUGCUAAUGGAAAGUAUUUCAUUGCUGAAGGAUUGAUAGUCCUGCUCUUCCUACUUGGGAUAAUCUGAUAUAAUCUUGAGGCUUUUUUUUUUUGGUGCGGACUUUUCAGAAUAAUGGCUAAUAUAGAAUAUUUUUUAAAAAUAUAUCCUGAUUCAUCAUUGUCCAGGUACCUAAUCUAAGACGGGAACUGUAAUGUAUUCAUGGAGCUUCCUAACUGGAAUGUCUCUCUAGCAAUUUUAAGGCAUAGAAGUGAUAUUUCCAACAUUCUUUUGAAUUGAACCAUCACAGUACAUGACAAUGUACAAGCUUUUCAUCCAGUGUGCAGUGUUUUAUGUAAUCAUUCUGGUAAUAGCUGUUUCAUUUUUUUUAUUUGCUUCCAUUCUGGUGGGUUUGUAUUAAAAUAUGAAUCCAAUGUUGUUGUUAUUCAGAACCAUUGAACAAUAAUGCCUGUCAAAUAAUAUCCUUUUAAGGUUGUGUAUAUGCCUAUAUAUCUCUAAUUAUGAACAGAUAAAUAAGCAAUAUAACUCAUCAACUUUAUCAGACAUCUGUCACACACUGAUAUUAUUAGUUCUGACUUCUCAGGUCUAUAUCAAUAAGCUAAAUCCUUCUUAAUACGUACAUUAUGCCUGGAGUAUUAUGUAGUGAUUAAUUAAACCAGGCAAUGUGUUGCCCAUGGCUCCCUUUCUAGAUCCUUGCCAGGCUUUUUAAAAACACAUUUUUGUAAAAAAGAAACACAAUAAAUGGGAAGCUGGCCCCCUGGAUCGUGAGGCACCUGGGGACAUCUGUAGUGGCAUAUUAAAAUCUGCAGGAUGAUGGGAAUGACUUUGUUAUUGAAGCCCUGUCUCUUUUAUAUGAGCAGGCUUUGAUUGUGGCACUGCACGCACCACAUUGCAGAUUUUGACACACAGCCUUUCCCUCAGAAGCCCCUGGAAGAACCAGACUCCAGAACCAUCUUCAUUUCCAGGAAUGCCUAUGAGCUCAACAUAGACCUCAUAGACUUCUUAGAAAAUAAAUAUGGCAGGUGGCUGCAGAUCAGGGCUUUGUCUGGAAGUGCCCACUGUUGAGAAGAAGGGCAGAGUGGCCCAUUACUGCCAGAGCAUCCCACCUCAUGCUAGCUAAGGCAGGAAUAGUAUUUUCAAUUUUUUUAUAUGCAGAAAGAGGAAAUGGAAUGAAAGAGACAGAGAAAACACCUCAUAUAGUAAUCAAAAUUAAUCUUACAUAUGUAUUCAUAGCAAGUUUUACAUUAUGAAUUAGGACUGUGCAAAGCAUUUGAAGGGGCGCUUUGCAAAGUGUGUUGGCUUGAGCAAAGAGCCUUUGUUGAAGCAUUUAGGCUGCCUGGAGAGAGAUCUCAGGUGGCCUGCACUUAUAUGACUGGGCACCGACAACCCUUGGACUGCCAGAGAAGUGACUGUGCUUGUAUACCACAUGUGGAAAUGACCUGGGAAGUCCCCAAAGCAGCAGCCCUUCGCCUUGGAGGAUGCAACAUCCUCAACACCUGUAAUGGUAUGUGGGAAUGACCUUGGGAGAUGGGGA